AUGAGCCAAUGGCAUCGUGCGGACCGCGGCCGGGGCCGGGGGCGCGCCUUUUCUGGACGUCCUUCGCCGAAGGCUCCGGGCAAGAAGAAGGGCGGGAACCACAUCCCCGAGAGGUGGCAAGACUAUCUCCCUCUUGGACAGAGGAUGCCUGGGACGCGUUUCAUUGCUUUCAAAGUACCUUUGAAAAAGAGUUUUGAAGAGAAACUUGCUCCAGAAGAACGCUUUUCCCCCUUGGACCUUUUUAACAAAAUCCAAGAACGAAAUGAAGAACUUGGACUGAUUAUUGAUUUAACAUAUACUCAACGCUAUUAUAAACCAGAGGACUUACCAGAAACAAUUCCUUACUUAAAAAUUUAUACGAUUGGUCAUCAGGUGCCUGAUGAUGACACUGUUUUAAAAUUCAAAUGUGCUGUUAAUGGGUUUUUGAAAGAAAAUAAAGAUAAUGACAGACUUAUUGGUGUCCACUGUACCCAUGGUUUAAACAGGACUGGCUACCUCAUCUGCAGGUAUUUGAUUGAUGUAGAAGGCAUGAGGCCAGAUGAUGCAAUUGAAUUAUUCAAUAGGUGCCGGGGGCAUUGCAUAGAAAGACAAAACUACAUUGAAGACCUUCAGAAUGGUUCCAUCAGAAGGGAUCGGAAUUCCCGUGUAUCCAGAUCAAGUGGUUUUGAAUAUUCACCAUAUAUGAUGGAACCAACCCACACCACUAAUAAUGCUGUUCAUCAAGGACCUAGGAAUAACAUGCAUUGGACCCAAGGUUACCCAACACCUUCUCGCCAUUUCCACACCCAGACCCAAGAUUUACAGCAAUCAGUAAGAAAAUUUCCACAGAAUCAGAACGUUUACCAGAGAGGCCAUAUCCCUCCUCCUUCUGGCCCCCCCGGAGAGGACUAUUCACAAGGAAGCUACUCUUGGAAUGUACAGCCAAACGCCAGUCACCUAGCCCAGAACCAGAGGUGGUAUCCUGGCAGUUACUAUGGACUACCCUACCCAGCCUACUAUGGAUGGACCCAAUGA